CUCCCAGCGCCUGCUAAACAAUGUCCAGGCGUUCAAACAUGGAUGGGUUGGUGGGUGCUCCUGGUAAGAAGGCCACCAUUCUCUGAUUCCAUAAAAAAUCAGUUGUUGACUCAGAGCCCACGAUCCUCUUCCGUUUGCAACUCUCCAUCCCAUUGCCACCUCGAGUUUUCUAACCAUUAGCCACCCAUGAUUGGAUCUCUGCAUGUGUUGUUGUGUUAAGUCUUCCUGCUAAUCAAUUGUUUCUAGUACAAAUUGCACACUGCCCGGUGUCAUUUCAAGAACCGAGGAGGAAGGCGCCGUGAUUCUCAGCUCUGACAGCCAUAUCAUCAGAUUCUUUUGGAGAGACAGAGCUGACUGGAAGAGAUGGGGUGCGUCUCUUCCAAGAUCCUGGCGAAAUCAGGGAGCUAUCAGGAGAAGGGGAGCCUGGGCCACAGCUUCCAGAGGAGCAACGUGAUCGAGGAGAUCAUCCUGUCCAGCUCCAAGAGCAACGGCGACCAGUUCCUGGCCCUCCUCUGCGCGUCCAACUCGACGGCCAGGAAGGCCAAGGAGCCCGAGCAGAGCCCGGCGGCGGCAGUGGCCGAGCCGGCUGCAAAGAUCGAGACGAUCAAUGUGUCGGAGCUGCUCGCCGGCCUGGAGGAGGAGAACGCCGUGGAGCAGAGCGAUCGCAAGGAUGGCGACAGGUCGCCGGCUCUGUGCAUCUCAGAUGGCGCCGCUGCCGGGAGGGCGAGGAGCUUCCGCACGGUGGAGGAGUUCGACGCGCUGGUGACGCAGGGCGGCUCGUCGGAGCGCGCCGCGGAGCUAGAGGAGCCAAGAGCCGCGGCGGCAGCGACGGCCGACGCCGCCGAGAGCAGCGGCGGCUCGUCCAGGCAAGGAGACCCCGCGGGGCAGGGAGAAGAGACGGAGGCCGCCGGCGCGAGGAGGCGGGCGAGGGCGCGGCAGCUGGGCGAGCUGAAGGUGCCGGCGGCGUUCGACUUCUCCAAGUCCGGCAGCCUGCGGGACUGGCUGCGCCAGGGCGGGCAGACCUUCUCGCCGGGCUCCUACGUCACGCCCAAGUUCGGGACGGCGCCGGAGGUGCCCGCCGAGCACGGAGGAGAUCAGAAUCACGGUGAACAGCAGCAGGAACACGCGCUGUUCGACCCGGAGCUGGUGGCGCUGUUCGAGCGGGCCAUGGAGCAGCUAUCCGAGGACGGGGGCCGCGUCCUCGAUGAGAUUCUGGAGGCGAGGCAAACAAUCAAAAAGGACAUGGCUAACACGGCCAUGGCGGCGGACGGCGAGGUGAAGAACAUCCACACCAACGAUAGCACCAAGACGCUCCUCAAGAACGAAGCCCUCUACGAGUACAUGCUCAACACGAUGGUGUACCCGCGGGAGAACGAGCACCUGCGCGAGCUCCGCCACAUCACCGAGCAGCACGCCUAUGGGUUCAUGCUGUCGCCGCCGGACGAGGAGCAGCUGCUGUCGCUGCUGCUCAAGGUGAUGGGCGCCCGGAACACCAUCGAGGUCGGCGUCUUCACCGGCGGCUCCGUGCUCGCCGCGGCGCUCGCCAUCCCCGACGACGGCAGGAUCGUGGCCAUCGACGUCAGCCGCGAGUACUACGACCUCGGCCGCCCCGUCAUCGAGAAGGCCGGCGUCGCGCACAAGGUCGACUUCCGCGAGGGCCCCGCGCUGGGCCACCUGGACGCGCUCCUCGCCGACGAGGGGAACGCCGGCGCCUUCGACUUCGCGUUCGUCGACGCGGACAAGGGGAACUACGGCAACUACCACGAGCAGCUGCUGCGGUUGGUGCGCGUCGGCGGCGUGAUCGCCUACGACAACACGCUCUGGGGCGGAUCCGUGGCGAUGCCCGACGACGCGCCGCUCACGGAGAAAGACCGGGAGGUCCGGGAGGCCAUCAGGGCGUUCAACGCCAGGAUCGCCGCCGACACGCGCGUCGAGGCCGUGCAGCUCCCCGUCGCCGACGGCAUCACGCUCUGCCGCCGCGUCGUCUGAGCUGCAAAGCAUGGGUUUUGAAUGUGUGUUUCAGUGAAAGUAGAGGGUACGAAAGGACGACGGAUAUCGAUGCUCUUCUCCACGGAGCCGGAUCGAGUAACUUUACUCAAUAAAGUCACGCUGCAACUUUGCCUCCA